CGGCGGUGACGACGGCGACGGCGACGACCUAUUGCCAUUCCCACCGGUCGGGCAACAUAACGUAUCGUGUUUAUACGCGCCGCCCGAGUAUCAGACGCACACGUGAUUCGCGAAUUUAAAAAAAAAAAAUUUUAAAUGUUUUAAGUGUUUUGAAUUAAUUGAACGUAUUUACGAGCAUCAGCUUAAUAAUACAAUUACAAGCGUGGAGGGUUAUUUUUGUUCAUAUUUUUACGAAAAAUUUUGAUCCACCAUGAUUAGAAUCGAUCUGAUCAAUUUCGUUGUACUUGGAUUAUCCUGCAGUCUUGCAUUGGCGGCUCCUUACAACAUACGAAACUUAAACGACGCCGUGUUCUCCAACCCACUAGGGACAAAACAGUGUAAAGUUUCAGGAGUGCUUUAUAAUCACAGUCAAAAGAUACUGUUUACCGACCACUGUAAAGCAUGUAUUUGCAUCGACGGUCAAAUAUUUUGCUAUUGGCAAUGCGACGACACAGCUGCUCCUGCAGACACAAUGGUCGAAGAGUUCGACGGCGAACCGCAAUCCACGUCCACGACAAACAUAAUAUUGACUACAUUCGAAACCGAUGCGAGUUCGAAAUCAACAAACUUUGUACCUCACUCGAGUCCCUCAGACGUCUUACAGACAACCACCGUGACACCCAACGAAGACACCGAGGCAUUUUGUCUCGUUAUGGGAGUUAGAUAUAAGCCCGGUAGCAUUUUACCGAGGGACGCGGGAUCCUGUCUGGAAUGCCAGUGCGGCCAAAACUCGCAGAUCGCAUGCAGCCCAAAGGACUGUAUUACGUUGAAUUCGUUAAGCGACGAGGAUACCUCCGAACCGGAAUUCUACGGCAACAAUAAUGGCGAACAGAACAACGGCAAUUUCAAUAUGGACAUGUUUGCCGUCAACGUCGUUUGAUGGAAAUGGACGAGAGAGCUAGAGAGAGAAAAUUUUAUGUACAUUAAAUGAUGCGUCUUUUACGAUCAAUAUGCGAUUUGUUUUAUAAAAACAGCUAUAAUAAUAUUACUACCAUUGUAAUGCCCGCCAAAAAUGUAAUAGUAAUAAUUAUUAUUAUAUUAUGCCCAUAUUAUUAAUUAAAUAGUUAUGUUUUUUCGUUUUGUAAUUUUUAAUUUGAGUUUAUACAUACAUUUACAUAGUUUCUUUUUAUUAGUAUUUAAUUUUUUACAGUGAACAAUUGUCUUUUUUUAAUUACAAAUUAAUUAGUAAGAAAUCCUCAUUAAAUAAAAAUACGAGCUGUGACCGUUUAAGCAUAAGAAUAUACCCUCAUGUGGAUACUAUGUCCGCCUUCGAAAUUCGUGGUUUUGCCAUUAAUAAUACCGAAUGACAGAAAGAAUAUAUUACUGUAAUUUGUCCGUUUUUAUUUAAAAAUUCAAACAAAAUAACCACAAACAGAGCUUGUCGACGUCUUGCUACUUCUUGUUCAAAAAAUAUAUAAAAAUAUUGUAUAUUUAACAUAUAAUACCAUAUACGCACUAUUAUUCCCUAUUAUAGUAGGUGCGGUAUAUCGCGUAACAGGUACAUUUUAAACUGAAUAUCGGAAAUAAUGAUCUCCUACACUGUACCCUUCAUCUUGCAGAAUUCGCAAUUUUGUAAAAAUGAUUUGGUUAACGGUGUUAUAUUUUUACGGGUUUUUUUUUAUUUCACAUCCAUAAAAAUAAUAACGGCAAUUUUAAAUAUUAUACCAUUUCAAUUUUCAAUACACGGUAUGUGAUAGAAAGACCAAUUCGCUUAGGACAUCGUCGUAUAAUACGGUUCAGACAUAAUAUUAUUAUGUCGUAGACAUUAUGUAAUAAUAAUAAUUUAAGACCUAUAUAUAAUGCGUAAUUCUAAUUUUGUUUUAUUUUCCGUUUCAUAUUGUAUUGAAACUAAAAAAAAGUAUAAUAUGUUAGCUAUAGACCAAUAUAAGGAGGUGCAUAAAACAUUAUACUCGCCGCACGUUUAGAGCGGCUGAUUUUGCAUCCGUUACGCGCAGUCGACUUCUGGUUGGUCUUACAAACUUCCAUCCACCACCUACUAUGGCGAACGGCAUGGUUGACCAAGUGAUUUUAGAUGCGCGACCGGUAGUUAUGCUCUUCGUGCGGCGAAUAUAAAGAUCCGUUCUUUAGAGCAGUCAUUUUUCGGAAUAAUUACCAUAACAAAUUUUUUUAUUAUUCUGUUUUAUGGAAAAUCUUUUGUUUUAUUAUUCUUGGUUUAAAAAAUGAUCAUAAUGAUUAUCCCGUUAAAUGAUUGUUUUUAAAUUUCACUUUAAAUGCAUGUGAUAUUUGGCUUCAAAUUUUUCCCUGCAUUCAAAUAUAUUAUUCUAUAUAUAUUCAAUAAUUAUAUUUUAGGUGCCAUACAUAUAAUAUAUAAUAUUUUAUAUAUAUAUAUAUAUAUAAUUAUACUAUAUAUUUAUCUUGAGCAACUUGGUCUUUCUGCCCUAUCACAAUAAUGCAAUAACUCAUCUCGACCACGUCAACAGACCACAAUAUUAUCAUAAAAAAAAACUAUAAUAAUAUAAAUGCCUAUAGUAACUAGUGCUACUAGCUGUAUUUUAUGACCCAAAUGUAUGUAUAUAUAUUUUUAUUUUUACAUAUGUGAAUUUUCAUACAAAAGAUAGUAACUGGCUACUACAACGAGUAUUCAUUAUGAAUUAUUUAAAUAUUUUUAAAUUUAAACUAAUAAAUACAUUUUAUAUCGUUUAUUAGUAAGUAUUAUAUAUAUAUAUAUAUAUGUAUGUGUGUGUGUUAUACAAUAUUAUUAUUAUUUUUUAUUUUAUAAAAUAUAAGCGUAUGAUUUUUGUUUUUUUUGAAUUGUGCACUGUGUAUACCAUUAUUAUUAUAUUAUAUAUAUAAGUAGUAUAACGAUUUUAUUUUUUAUUACUUAUAUAGUUAUAUAAGUUAUUAAAAAUGUAGACGUCCUUAUUAGUGUUAUUCGUGAUUACAAAUGUAUACUUAAAUAAUUAAAAAUUUCAUUCGGAUGAAAAAGUCUUAAGUAAAAUAUACUAUUGUAAAAAACCUCUAUAACUAGGUGCAUACAUAACUUCUCUCUUGCAAAAAUACAUUUUUUUACGAUCUAAUUUAAUUUUUUUAAAUAAAUUUAUAACUCUUUCGUUAAAUUUACAUUUGUAUACUUAUUCUCAUUAAAUAUUGUUAAAUAAUUAGAAAUUACUAUCAUUAUAAUUAUAUUAUACUAAAUUAUAAUUUAAGUACCUCAUAUCUAUAGUCAUAACCUGUAUACUUAGAUUUGUAUACAUCAAUUUCAUAAAACAUAUCUACAUUAAGAUAUCAUAUAGUGUUUCAAAUUUAAAAAAAUAAUGUAAUAAGUAGGUACCUUACUUACUGAAAUUAAGGAUAUAAUAUUAUAAUGUGUGUGUAUAAUCUGAAUAUUUAUAUCAUUUAUCAAUUAGCACCCUACUUCGAUUAUUUUAUGUUAAAUUUUUCAAUAAAUAUUAUUACAUUAUAAUCCAACUAUUCACCUUGAUUAUACUGCUGUUAUUAAAAUAGCGUGGAUGCAUCAAUUAAAUUAUCUUCUAAUUUAUCA